AUUGAUUGACUUUUAAUUCAUCCCUGUUUUAAUUAGGAAUCGGAUUUGUAAAGCUGUUUUAUUAUUUAAAACUUCCUUCAUUUGAGAAGUUAUUUCGUCUUAUCCAAGAAAAUGAGCACACAAAACGAUGCCACACCAUCGCCAAGUAAUCCAAAUGUGGUCCGACAAACUACUUUGCCCCCGAACAUGAAACUGCCGGCAGGAAUUACGAUCAAUAACAUUCCUGCUGAUUGUAGAUUUUACACACAUCAGUGGGACAAUAAAGGAAAAGUUGUACAGUCUAAUUUACAGAUUGGAAAUCAAAAUUUUGAUGUUACUGGCCAACCAUUUCAUAAAGUGGUUGACAACAAAUUUACCAUUACUGGAAGUAAUGUGGGAAAUAUGAUUGUUGGACCAAGGGGACCUGUCAACAUUACUUCAAAACAAGAUGUUUAUGAGAAGGGGGCGAAAAAAACAGCGAUUGGAAUAUCAGGUGGUGAAUUUACAAAUACAAACAUUGGUGGCAAAGCUGUAUACAACAAUCAAGGAGCUGUAAUAGCUGGUGGUGGUUCUGGUGCCUUAAGAAGUGAAACAAUUAAACAGAUGUGGGCGACGUACAAUGUUAGUAAGGCAUUGCUAACAAUACUAAAAAAAGGAGUCACUACUGAACAGCUCACACAACUUUUGCAAAAAGGAUUUACGCUGAUAACAAUCCUCAAUGCAGUGGAAAAGAAAGCAGAUGAAAAACAAGUGCAAAAUCUUGUAAAUUCAAUGCUUAAUUUUUAAACCAUUAUGCACUUAAGCUCAAAGCAAGUCAACUCCAUUAUCUUCACUGAAACAACUUUUUACUGUACAUAGUUUUGUAAAGUAGUUCAAUAUAUCAAAUACACUAAAUCAAUGUAAUGUUUACUGUAAAUGUAGUUUUUAUGUAGUUGUAUCAUUAUUAGGUUUGUUCAUUGUGUGAUAUACGCUACGAGUGUGUGCUUGAGAUUUAUAACCAUAUUAUCCCUUUUCUAUGGUAUGUCCACAUAUUAUGUUAUUUCCAGCUGGACUUCGGCUUUUAUAAAUGAGCAUUGAUAUAUUUUGAAUGUAUAUACUAUGGUAAUUUUUACAUU